GUAUGCGAUUUGCCCAAGUGAAUUAUUGCGGGCGUUCCUUGACUGCAGAUCUAUUUGUUGCGCCGUGCUGACAGUGUGGAACAAGCAGUAGGCGGAAUGCACCCGGUGUUUGCUCUCUGGAUGAUUGGAAAUGCGUUAGCAGUGCUAUCCACGCUGAUGGCAAUGCGACAUGUGCGCAGCUCUGGUAUCCAACGUUUUUCUUACUUGCUCUGGACAUUGAUGCUGCCGACUCUUUUCAAUUUGGGGCUGGACUGGCCACCCGCUCCGAUGCCCCAGGGAGAUGUAAGGAGUACCGACAUCUCAAAACAAAGGCCUAAAGACUGCUUCUGGGGGUUGCGUCAAAUCCACUGAUCGUCUGCGCUCCUGCUAUCAUUGCUCUGAGUUUAGGCUUUUUCGAGUAUUCCUGAUUAGCCAAUUUCUAGCUUAAUUGACGAUAGCUUUAACCAAAGCACUAAUCGAUGCCAAAUACACAAGGUUUAGCA